AUGACGAUGGUUAUGGAAAACCAGAACCGCCCCUAUGGCGGCAUGAGCUUCGACAAUGUCUACCACCACACCCCACCACAAUUCACAGAUCCGUGGGCGGCGCACACUUCAUCGCACUCGACACCACCAGUCUAUGCGACUUCCAUGGGUAAUGGUGCCAGCAUGGGUCUCAGUCAGGUCAAGCAGGAGGAAGUGAACCGCACCGGCAUGUCUAUGCCAUACCCCAACAUCCCUGUGUCCGCCCCCUCAAUGGUGGCUGGGAGCACCUACGCGGCCGCCAGUUAUGGCCCCGAGGUAAUGGGAAUGCAACACGAGGUGCCACGCACAACUUUCGAUCAGGCUCCCUCCUACACAACCGCUCCCCCAAUGAGCAGUUUCGCGCCUUCCAGCUAUGCCUACGCCCCCAUUCACCCCUCCCCGCAAGACGCCCGCCGUAUCUCGCACUCAGAUGCCGCCCGCGUUGGCUCUUCAGCUUCCGCCCCCACUUUCGGUGACGCGCUCGACGCCAGCCGUGGAAUGGUCGCUCUCAGCCAGGACUUGACCCCGCGUAACAUCUACGGCCCCGGCCCUCGCGGCACGCGAAGCUCAGCCGAUUCCUACGGUUUCCCUUCCACCCAGUCGUCCGCUUCAUCCAUCUCAUCCGGCGGCAACUACCCCUACUACAGCGCAUCUGUGGGUUCCGUCGACUCCUCCGUGACAGACUAUAGCUCCACAACUUCCGAGUCAUAUGAAUCGCGCACUCUCCCCCGGCCGACCAGCCUCUUGGCCGGCAGUGCCCCCCCUGGCCCACAAUCAAUGAUGAGCCAAUUCAGCUCCAAGAUGCCCUCCAACACCCAGAAGAAGCACAAGUGCAAGGUCUGCGACAAGCGGUUCACGCGUCCGUCUUCCCUGCAGACGCAUAUGUACAGCCACACUGGUGAAAAGCCAUUCGCGUGUGAUGUCGAAGGCUGUGGGCGGCACUUCUCCGUUGUCUCAAACCUGCGUCGACACAAGAAGGUCCACAAGGGCGAGAAGGACACCGGCUCUGGCGAUGACGACGAGUAA